CCUUUUCCUCCUGGGCUCCUCAUUGCACCUAGUAAUAUACCACACCAGCCCCGCAGGCCCCCUUCAGGGCCCAAGAUGUCCCCUGGGGCCUUCCAGGUGGCCCUGCUCCCGCUGUUCCUGCUGGUCUGUCCCACGCAGCAGAAGCCGCUGCAGAGCUGGGGGCAGACAUCCCCUGAGGGAAAUGCCCACAGCUCACUGGGAUUGUCUGGAGGUGGAGAGGAGGGCGUCUUUGACCUGAAGAUGUUCCUGGAGAACAUGAAGGUGGAUUUCCUCCGCAGCCUUAACCUGAGUGGCAUUCCUUCCCAGGACAAAACCAGAGCGGAGCCACCCCAGUACAUGAUCGACUUGUACAACAGAUACACUACAGACAAGUCAUCCACACCUGCCUCCAACAUCGUGCGGAGCUUCAGCGUGGAAGAUGCCAUAUCGACACCUGCCACAGAGGAGUUCCCCUUCCAGAAACACAUCCUGAUCUUCAACAUCUCCAUCCCUAGGCACGAGCAGAUCACCAGGGCUGAGCUCCGUCUCUAUGUCUCCUGUCAAAAUCAUGUGGACUCCACUCAUGGGCUGGAAGGAAACAUGGUCGUUUAUGAUAUUCUAGGUGUCGAUGAGACCUGGGACCACGCCUCGGGCACCAAGACCUUCUUGGUGUCCCAGGACAUUCGGGAUGAAGGCUGGGAGACCUUAGAAGUAUCAAGUGCCGUGAAGCGGUGGGUCAGGGUGGACUCCACGACCAACAAAAAUAAGCUAGAGGUGACAGUGCAGAGCCAUAGGGAGGGCUGUGACACACUGGACAUCAGUGUCCCUCCAGGCUCCAAAAACCUGCCCUUCUUUGUUGUCUUCUCCAAUGACCGCAGCAAUGGGACCAAGGAAACCAGACUGGAGCUGAAGGAGAUGAUCGGCCAUGAGCAGGAGACAGUACUUGUGAAGACAUCCAAAACUGCUUACCAGGAGGCAGGCGAGAGCCAUGAGGAGGAAGGUCUAGAUGGAUACACAGCUGUGGGACCACUUUUAGCUAGAAGGAAGAGGAGCACUGGAGCCAGCAGCCACUGCCAGAAGACUUCUCUCAGGGUAAACUUUGAGGACAUCGGCUGGGACAGCUGGAUCAUUGCACCCAAGGAAUAUGACGCCUACGAGUGUAAAGGAGGUUGCUUCUUCCCACUGGCUGAUGACGUGACGCCCACCAAACACGCCAUCGUGCAGACCCUGGUACAUCUCAAGUUCCCCACAAAGGUGGGCAAAGCCUGCUGCGUCCCCACCAAACUGAGUCCUAUCUCCAUCCUGUACAAGGACGACAUGGGGGUGCCGACCCUCAAGUACCACUACGAGGGGAUGAGUGUGGCUGAGUGUGGGUGCAGGUAGUCCUUGCAGCCACCCAGGUGGGGAUACAGGACAGGGAAGAGGUCCUGGUAAGGUCCUGCAUCUUCUGCACAUGGCAUGCCUAAGUUGAUCUGAAACCAUUCUUGAGAAGAAAAGGAGCCAGUUGCCCUUCUUGUGUCCAGUGGGUCCCUCUGCUGAAGUGACAAUGACUGGGGUAUGCGGGCCUGUGAGCAGAGCAGGAGACCCUGGAAGGGUUGGUGGGUAGAAAAGAGAUGUCGAAAAGGGAACGCGGAGUGGGAGGCAGAUGAUCUGGGAACAGCAGGAAAACAGUCAGAAACUAGUAGAAGAUACAGGUGAUGUACAGAGAGUCACUGGAGUCGCAGAGUC